GUUGCAUUCAACCUUUGACGAAGUGGUCACUACACGUACUCUGGCGAAAGUUACGGCUCUUCAUCUGCGUUUUGCGCUUCAGAAAAGCAGUGACGUGACGUCAUGUGAAAACGACAUUCGAACGAUAUCUUAAAAGAAUCUGUAAAAAUAUUAAACUCGCAGACGUAAAUAAGUUUAUACGACACAAAAUAAUGCAAUGGAAAAGCUGAAAAUUAAAUAAAAAUGUAUUAGUAACAGUUAAGAAAUACGAAUCUGUAAAUCCAUCGUUUUGUGUAGAAUUUUAAAUCGGCCUAAUUCGUAAAACAUUAAAAAUCGCUUUAAAAACUAAAAGUCUAAUAGCCGGUUUCAGUAAUAAAAAAUCUACAAAUGAAUAAAUUAGAUGAAUAAUAAAUGAAUAUAAAUAAUGCAUUAAUCAUACCGUUAUGUUGUAGGGCACGCGCAGCUUGGGAGAAGGCGUUCAUUGAGCCUACGUCACUUCGUAUUAGUUCCGCUGCUCGUUUUUUAUUUUUUAGACCAGUUGGGUCUUUUAUUUUAAUUUGAUCGUUUUAGUUUCUACUGUACGAUGUUUUAUUUUAGUAUUGUGAUUUUUGGUCACCCAUAAAAAAACAUUUAUGUCAAAAGAGUCCUCACUUUAAUCGGACUCCAUACAAAGCAACGCCACAUUCCGGCGAUGUAUUAAUUUGUUAAUAAUUUAUUACUAAAUCUAUUUCUCAUUUGUAUUAUUUUAAAUAAACGCGAUUAGUAUUAAAAAAAGAAAUCGAUUUUGUCCCAUUACAAAACGACGCAUGACGUUGACGUGGUCAUCUGCGUAUCACCUUAAACGUCGAUCACUAGGCAACGAACGUAGCGUACCUUCUACAAACAACAAACAUUGAUUUGACGAGCCGCUGGAUGAGACUGAGCGAUCUUCAGAUUUGCAUUUUCCAUUUCUUGACUUUAUUGAUUCAUUCAUUUCGUUAAUUUAUUCAUUUAUCAAUACAUUUUCAUCUGAAUUACUCAGUGUCAUAUUUUUGUCUGGUUUUAACAUUUCUUGUUUUUAACGUAUUCUCAGUCCGUGAGUUGUUAUUUUCACAGGUCAGAUGACAUCGUUCAUCGGAGGAAGCUCUUGUGGAGCUGGCGUACCGAGGGAUCAGAUCGCCUCGUUGUUCGUGGGGGACCUUCAUCCAGAAGUGUCCGAGUUCGUCCUCCAUCAGACGUUCAGCCCGUUCGGUCCGAUCCAGUCCGUGCGGGUCUGCAGAGACAGGGUGACUCGGCGAUCCCUGCGGUAUGGUUAUGUUAACUUUGUUAACCACGCCAAUGGUAAGUUAUCUCUCCGUUCUUCACCUUGACAUCUUGGUAAUAAACAUUUGAAUUUGAAAUUUCAGCCUUGUGUAUUUUUCUCCUCGAUGUUGUUUCCUGUAAAUCAUCUUUAAAUUAGGCUAUGUGAAGUGUGCCGUACAAACAAACUUGCUAGGUCUUGUCUCUUAUCAACUCUGUCUUUCAGCUGAGAGCGCCAUGGACAGCCUGAUGUGUCAGGAUCUUCUGGGCAGACCCAUGCGGAUCAUGUUCUCCCAGCGUGAUCCCACUCUGAGGACGACUGGGGUCGGGAACAUCUUCAUCAAGGGUCUGGCCAGCAGCAUCGAUGGUGCCAGCCUUUAUGACUGCUUCUCAAUUUUUGGGAAGAUCCUGUCCUGCAAGGCGGUCUGCGAUGCACAUGGAUCCAAAGGUUAUGGAUUCGUCCACUUUGCCACCUUUGAAGCGGCAGAGAAGGCCAUCAAAGCGCUUGAUGGCAUGUUGUUGGACGACCAGCUAGUGUAAGUGGAUUUCAGUUGUACUUCUUGUACUUUGUCUUGUCUAAUCGAAUAGUGUUGAGCUCGUUUGGUUUGUGUUUUAAAGGUCCAUUGGCCACUUUAAAACCUUUCAAGAGCGUCAUGUUGAGCAGCAGGUCAUGGCUCAGGACAACGAGAGGCACUACCCGGUAUCCAAACCCUUUGAUCACCUAACGAAUCUUUAGCGAAUGUUGAAGCGUUCUUGUGUUACUGACUGGAUCUUGUCUGUUCGACAGGGGGUGAGUCUGUACGUGUGUAACCUGCCCUA